AUGAGACCCGAGGCGGCAGCCGGAGCCCCGGAGGCUCGCGGACGCCUCUGCCACUGUCCCGGGGAUGAUCCCGGGAGGCCACCGCUGCCGCGUGGGCCCGAAAGUUCCGUUCCAGCUCUGUGGAGACCGUGGAUGCCGCUUCCUGGAGAUGCCGAGCUGACCAGAACUGGAAGCCCGGGUGAGCCUUGUGGGACCCAACAAACUUUAGGACCAAAAGGAGCCUUUGGGUUCCAGCACCCUGUCAGACUUUACUUACCCCUUUCAAAGCGUCAAGAAUACCUGCAGAGUUCUGGGGAAAAAGUUCUGGCCAGCUUCCCAGUGCAAGCCACCAUUCAUUUCUACAACGAUGAAUCUGAGUCAGACUCUGGGGAGGAGCAAGAAGAGGCGGCCCAGCCCAAUCAUCUUCAGAGCCAGGAGGCAGAAGGACAGGGCAGCGGUCCCGGAGGAAUGGGCAGAGCAGGAGCCAGGGCCCAGCAGCUCAGCAUUCCAGAUCGAAGGACCAAAGAUGCUCUUCCUCCUCUCCCCCACCUGGGCUACUCCUUCAACUCCAUGGCCUUUUACCAGAGUUCUCUCACUGAGCUGGACUGCUCUCGGACUCUCAGUCUCCAGAAUGCUCAAGAAGGUGCUGCUGUGCGCAAGCUGCUCACUUCAGAGGACUUGUUAGGGUAG